GACACGAGAUCUUCAGAGGACUGAUGUGGCGAAAAAAACUGUUGCCCUCCACAUGGCUGAGCCGAAGAACCUUGAUGGAAAAUUUUCGUCUUGAUCGCAACUAGCAAACGAGUGUGCAUACAGGAAGACUUGUGCGUUGGAUCAGUGAUAAGGCAGCCAGGCAAUUCGAGGAAUGGUAGCUUCACUCUCAUAAUGCACAAACAACAAACCAACACAAAAAAGAUUCGACAAGACAAGACAAACCAAGAUGCGUACCUUUCUCCUCUCCACGACGACGAUCCUUCUUCUUGGAUCUUGCGCUGCACAGACGGUAUCAGCUCUCAAGAUCCCAACAAACCCCACUACCCCUACCAAGUCGUCAUCGGCACUACUCUCCAUCCCUCGUGGAGGUGCUGGUCCACUCGAUGCUCAUGCCAACACGGUCGCCAAAACAGCUCUGGCGUUGGGUGGUAUCCAAGGCGCCUUUAAUUUGCUCUGUGCCGAAGCGGUCCUUGAAGGAUAUGGGUGGUCUACCUCCAAUGCACAAAACGUGAUUGCCGUCAAGGGAGCCGGAUUUGCCGCCUUGGCAAACACGUGGAUGAAUUAUCAAUAUUUGGUAGCCGGUGCAGACUCCAAUACCGCCUUGUGUUCGGGAUUAGCCGUUCAUUGGAUCGGUGGUUUAGCGGCUUUGAUCAAUAAAGAUCCUGCCAAAACGGGAACCAAAGCGAGUGGGGUUGCUGCAUGGUUGGCCAUCGACAGUGCCGUCCUCUAUGGACUCUCGAAAAAUGCCGAUUGGGCAACCAAUUAUGGUAUCAAAGCCAUUGCUGUUUUGGCAUUACUUUCGGGUGGACUCAUGGCUGCGGAUCCAGCUCGUGGGUUGCAAUUGUACGGCCGCAAUGCUGCAGCACCGCCACUGUCCACGGAAACAGCCUUGAUGGUGGAAGCUCACGGAGCUAUCCUUUCGGGAGGUGGUGCCAUGAUGCUGGCUGUAGCCUCCGGCAUCGAGGCAACCAAGGUGGUGGGGUAUGCAUUUAUUCCCUUUACCCUGGCGCUUAUCAAGAGUGUUUUUAUCACCAAGCAAUACCAAAAAGCUGGUAUGGAUACAGCUCCCUUUAUUGGAUGGAUUGCCAUGACCGCUGUCUUUGUGGGGACACUUUGUUUCUAG